GCGGCAUUUUACCGACUUUUCAGUAACAAUAACAAAGCGCGCAUAAUGGCAACCGACGUGGGAGAUGACCGGGAGAUGAGGGAGGCUCAGAGGGACUACCUGGACUUUCUGGACGACGACCAAGACCAGGGCAUCUAUCAGAGCAAAGUCCGGGACAUGAUCAGCGAGAAUAAGGCUCGGCUCAUCGUCAACAUCAACGACCUGAGGAGACGCAACGAGGCCCGAGCUGCAAAACUGAUGAACAAUGCCUUUGAAGAGCUGCUGGCCUUCCAGCGGGCCCUGAAGGACCUGGUGGCCUCUGUUGACGGCACCUACGCUAAGCAGUACGAGGAGUUCUUCAUCGGCCUGGAGGGGAGCUUUGGAUCCAAGCAUGUCUCCCCCCGAACGCUCACCUCCCGACUGCUGGGCAGCAUGGUUUGUGUGGAGGGCAUCAUUACAAAGUGUGAGUAUAUUGUUCCCUCGUCGUCCCAAAGUAGUGCCAGCGUUCACUACUGUCCAGCCACUAAGAAGACGAUGGAGAGGAAGUACACGGACCUGACUCCCCUGGAUGCCUUCCCCUCCAGUGCCAUUUACCCCACCAAGGACGAAGAGAACAAUCCUCUGGAGACGGAGUUUGGGCUGUCCAUCUACAAGGACCACCAAACCAUCACAGUGCAGGAGAUGCCUGAGAAAGCUCCUGCUGGCCAACUUCCGCGCUCUGUGGACAUCAUUUUGGACAACGACCUGGUGGAUGCAGUCAAACCAGGAGACCGGGUGCAGGUGGUUGGGACGUACCGCUGUCUGCCUGGCAAGAAGGGAGGAUUCACCUCUGGCACGUUCAG